AUGUCAACUUUACAACACAACGAAGAUAACAGGACUGGGAUAAACCUCCCUGACGCACAGAAUAAGGUAAUUCCAGAGGUAACAAACCAGAGAAUGAAAAGUGCACUAAAGAAGAGAUACAGGAGGAAAGAAUCAUCGAGACAUGUGUAUGGUGAUAGUAUGGACUAUUUUAAUGACUCAUCUAUCGACUCAUCUCCAUUGUUGUCGUCAACUCCAUCUAAUGUUUCCAAAGCACUUAUCAAGCUCUAUCCGUACUUAAUUGUGGCUGAUAAAGCGUUAAGUUUGUUUACAUGGACUAACGAUGAACAUUGGCCCAAUUAUUUAGUGAUUGUUUUCUUUAUAAUUACAACGAUAUAUUUUGAUUUUAUUGUAAAAUAUUUUGGACAAUUAAUAAUAAUUGGGUUAUUAUGGCUUUAUUCAAUGAUGGAUAACUCGGUGACAAAGACAGUUUCCGCAUACCCUACCUUAGAUGAUAUAGUGCAUAUGAUGGGGAGAGUCUCCAAGAAAGCAGAUAUAAUAUUAGCUCCAGUGAGAGUAUUGAGUAUACAAGAUAUUAAAAGAUUAUUCUUUACAAUAACAUUCUUUUUACCACUAUAUGUCAUAAUAUCAUUAUUUAUAAUAACUCCCAAGAAAUUAUUUUUAUUGGGAGGAAUUUACACAUUAACGUACCAUUCAGCAUUAUGUGUACUAAUUAGAAAAUCAUUAUGGAAUAUACGGAUUGUUAGAUUAUUUUCCUUUUAUGUGACAGGUCUUGAUUUAGGGGGAAUUAAUAAACAUCAAGGGAUAUUCAUUACUGUGAGUGAACAGAUGAAAAACUCAAAUUUUGGUAAUAAAGAUAAGGGGAAAGGGUAUGCAUUAGGUGACAAGGCAAAAGCAAUAAGAUUUACUUACGCAUUAUAUGAGAAUCAACGUCGAUGGCUUGGUAUCGGGUGGACAUCUACUAUGUUAAGUUAUGAACGAGCAGCAUGGACAGACGCAUAUCUGAAUCCAGCCCCACCUUUAAAUCAUUUUAAAUUACCUGAUGAUGACUCCGAUAUGAAGUGGCAAUGGGUUGAUGAGAAUUGGAGUUUAGAUAUGGGGAAUGAUGGUGCUAUCCAAUUGUCUAAAUCGCAACCCAAUUUAAUCUCAUCACCUGGAAGUAAUGCUGGGUACAUAUACAGCGAUAAUACAUGGACAAAUCCAUCUACUGAUGAUGCGUACGCCAAAUAUACGAGGAGAAGAAGAUGGGUAAGAACAGCAGAAUUGGUCAACACGUCUUUAUUGAAUGUUAGCGGUUCUAAAAUUCUGGAAUAUGAUGAUGAAGAUGAUAACAAAGAAAACUAUAACGAGAACAAUUCUAUGAGAUCCGUUAAUGGGAGUGCUAAAUCCGAUCAUCUUACGGUUUCUUUAAAAAAGGAAGAAGAAGAAGAAGUUGGUGAUGGUGACGAUGGUAGAGGAAGAUCAGUAUCAUUUAGUAACGUACAGAAUGUAAGAAUAAUUCCUGCAAACGAUUCCUCGUUUGAUGAAACUGAGACAGAAUCCGAAGAUGAUUCACAUCAGCAUUGUAGGAAUAAAGGAAUAGAUUCACUUCGAUAUUUGUGA